GGGAGAGAGGGUGGGAGACAAAUGGAGGAACUGGUGUAACCCUCCCAUCUCCCGAAAAGAAAUGGAAGUGAGGGGUGAGUAAAGAGUUCCAAGAAAAAAGAGCAGGCCUGUGAAUCAGCGGCUCGGCCCUUUGGUCUUCUAAGCAAUUCAGCCGGUCCCGCUCUCGAUCCCGAUCCCAGCGCUCCGCCACCCCCGUCGACCGCCGCCUUCUCUCAGCCCCACAGACAUUGCCUGCAAGUUCCAGCCUCAACACCUUUGGCUCUUCUUCUUCAGAUAGGGUAAUGAAGAACAGUGCAGUUGACUGUGAUGAUGGUGCGGACACCUCCAUCGAUCCAUUUUUCCAUAUCCUCAGAAUCUUGCCAUACUCUUUCCUCCGUCCACCUCGUUUGCGUUUGAAGGUGCCCACACUGACCCUCCCCUCCCCCAUGACUGUCUACACCCUGAUUGUCCUAACCUACUUCAUGGUGGUUUCUGGGAUUGUCUAUGAUGUCAUUGUCGAGCCCCCAGGGAUUGGGUCCACGCAGGACCGUUUGACCGGGUCCGUGCGACCCGUUGUCUUUAUGACGGGUCGGGUCAACGGGCAGUACAUCAUCGAAGGGCUUACCUCUGGUUUCAUGUUCGUCCUUGGUGGAAUUGGGAUUGUGCUUCUUGACCUAGCCCUUGAUCACAACCGUGCAAAAAGCAUAAGGAUCUCGUUCGCGUCUGCUGGGAUUUCUUCUGUUGUCAUUGCGUAUGUCAUGAGUAUGCUUUUCGUUCGCAUUAAGAUCCCCGGUUAUCUCCGCGGAUGACUUUGAACUUGUUGUCUUGUGAUUUUUCAAGAAUUAUAUGAGGUUACGUUUUUUUAUUAUAAACUCUAAUAUGACUCUUUUGCUAUGAUUGACUCAGUAAUGCAUUUUGGAUUGGUCGUUAUGAGUUCCUCAAAGACAAUUUUGCAGUUAUGCACUAUGAUUAAAUAUCAUUAUAUAUAUAUGUGUUUAAAUUUGUUUGUAGUUUAACAUCAUUUAACACAUUGAGCUUGUUUGACACAUUUUUUAUUAAACAAAAAAGAUUACUAUAUGAAAAUUAGUUUAUUUUGCUCAAAUCGGAAUCAAUGUUGGGAAAAAAG